AUGUCGCAGCAGCUGCAGCAGGCGGUAGAGAUAGCGUACUCGUCCACGGCGGAGCCGGCGCUGAAGAAACAGGCGCUGGAGUACGUGCAGAACGUGAAGGCGGGGGCCGGGGCGGCGGAGGUGUUCGUGGGGUACCUGGGGGACGCGGGGACGAGCGAUGUGGGGCGGUUCGUGGCGCUUCAGGCGCUGAGCGAGCUGGCGGGGGAGGGCGGGCCCGCGCGCCUGGCGUUUCUGAAGGACAGCGCGAUGCGCGCGCUGCGAGGAGAGACGGGCGGGGUGUGGGGCGCGCCGGAGUACGUGCGGAAUAAGACGGCGGAGUGGGUGUCGCGGCUGUUUUACGCGAUGUACGGGGAGGUGAACGGGAACAUGUGGAACAGCUUUUUCGAGGACGUGGCGCAGGCGACGGGGGUGGCAGGCCUGCGCGGCUCUGCAGCGGUGGAGUACAACGCGGCGGGACUGGAUGCGUUUCUGCGCGUGUGCGCGGCGAUCAACUCCGAGAUCGGGGACCAGACGUUUGUGCGCUCAAAGGACGCGCAGGUGAAGAACAACAGCCUGAAGGAUGCGAUGCGGGUGCAGGAUGUCGCGACGCUGACAAGCAUAUGGCGGCACGCGCUCGAGGCGAUGCGGCAGGACGUGCAGAGGCAGGACGUGGCCGUUUUGGUGUUGCAGUGCAUUGGCUCUUUUAUUUCAUGGAUAGAUAUUAAUUUGAUCGUUAAUUCCGAGUACAUAUCCACCAUAUAUGCAUACCUUAACUAUCCGAAGACGAGGAUAGCAUGUGCGCAGUGCUUGUGUGAGAUACUUUCCAAGAAGAUGAAGCCGGGGGACAAACUGCAGCUUUUGGGGAUGCUCAGCCUGACGGACAAGGUGCUGCAGCUGGGCGAUGUCGAAGUGGAGGUGCAUGAGCAGCUGGCAAAGCUGACGAGCUCGGUGGGGCUCGAGCUCUCUGUGAUUCUGGAGCAGUGCCACGACGACUCCUCGUCCGCGGGCUCGUGCUCCAUCGCGAAUUCUGCGGACCACCAGAUCAUCCACCAGGUGGCACCGCUCGUGCUGAAGUUCAUGAACCACGAGUACGACUCCGUGACACAACAGACGUUCCCGUUCAUCUCGCACUAUUUGACCUUUCUGAAGCGGCUUUUCGCGCUGGGCGGCAAACCGGGCAGCGCGGUCGCGCUCAACUCCAAGAAGCUGCCGCUGGACGACGACCAUCGGCAGUUCUUGACCAGCCUGAUAAUUGUGUGCAUGAACAAGAUGAAGUUUGACGAAACUUGCAGCUACGACGACGAAGACGAGGUCGAGGAGUUUGUCGAGACCGUGCGCUCGAAGCUGAAGGUCUUCCAGGAUAACAUUGCUGUCAUCAACCCGGCCAUAUACAUGGAAAACAUCUCCAAGCACAUCAAGUCCUUGCUCCUGGGAAACAGCUGGAGAGACCUGGAGCUAGCCAUCUACCAGAUGCACAACUUCGCAGAGUCCAUCAGGAACAACCUCUUUGGGCUCAAUAAAUCUGCGAUCUCGCAGUCGCAGCCCGCACAACUGAUGACGACCUUCAUGCAAGACAUCUUGGACAAUUCCGCCAUAUUCCAGUCUUCCAACCCGCUAAUCCAAAUAUCCUUCUUCGAAUUAAUAGUGCGGCAUUACAACUUCAUCAGCCAUACAGGUAAGAAUGACAUCAGCAUACUCAGCAUAUUCUGUACGCCUUUCAGUAUGUUCAACGACAGCGAAAAAGUGAGGCUGCGGUCGUGGUACCUCUUCUCGCGAUUAAUCAAGGUCACCAAACCGAGACUCGAUGACGAGUCGCUGUCGCAGCUGCUGUCCAAACUGGCGCCACUGCUUGCUGUGAAGUUGCUACCGAACGUGGCUAACGAUUCCGAGAUUGACACAACCUUCGAUAACCAGCUCUAUAUCUUCGAGGGCGUGGGGAUACUGAUCGGCGCAAAAGCUAAGGAGGAGUAUAGUAUUCUGGACGGCGUCCUAAGUCCGUUGUUUGCAGAUCUAGAAUCAUGCAUAGCUGCUCCCGUUAAGUCACCUGAGAUUGUCGUGCAAGCUCAUCACAUCUUGAUGGCGAUCGGGACGAUCGCGCGCGGCGUCCACGCAGGACUCGUCCCGGAAAACCAGCUCAACAAUCCGCAGGUGAAUGCUGCGCUGGUGCACAAGUCUCUCAUCGAGAAAUUCUCGAAUAUUGCAGAGGUCAUCCUGGUUACAUUCUCCUAUUUCAACAAGUACGAAACGAUCAGAGAUGCGACGCGCUUCUCGUUCGCCCGUCUGACACCCAUUCUGAAAAACGAUAUAAUACCAUUUUCCAGCAGGCUCAUUUCGAUCUUUUUGGAAUCAGACCUGAAAACUAUAGAGAUGAACGACUUCUUGGGGUUCCUGGGCCAGAUGGUCCACACCUUCCACGCGGACGACAACUGCUACCAGUUAUUUAACAACCUGUUCACGCCCGUCAUCAAAAAGGUCUUUGACCUAGUCGCCCAAGUGGAACAGGAAGGAUCCCUUGCCUCUGGGGCUAACACUGCUCCCGCCGUCAGUAAGGUUGCAAACGGCAAAAAUGUGGUGAUUACGGACUCCUUCAGAGACAAGGUCCAGUUGAAGAAGGCCUACUACAGCUUUCUACAGUCGUUUGUCUCUAAUAAUGUGACGUCCUUGCUAUUGACUACUGCUAACAGGAACAUUCUUCCGCUUAUCCUGUCCGAUCUGUUGUCCUACACGCCCGCGGAGAUUCACGAGACAUCCUCCAUGAAGCUGUCGCUCAACGUCCUGAUCAACUUUGUCAAAUUCUUCGGCACCGGCCGCUGCGCUGACUUCAAGGACCGCAACGCGAACACAUUUGAGCCGCUGGAGGGCCUCAGUGAGUUCUUCAUCACGAAGGUGGUCCCGCUUGUCUUCGAGAUCCCCUUUAAGCCAGAGUACGAGUUCAACAUCGACGACGGCAGCUGUCUGGUUCUCGCCGCAGACCUCUCGCGCCUGCUCAAGGCCCUCUACGACGUCAACGGCGACCCGGCCAACAACGCCUCUCUCAAGUACCUCACCGAGGCCUACUUUCCGCAAGUACAGUUCCCGCAAGAGCUCUCCAUGGAGUUCAUCCAGACCCUGGCUACCGCCGACGAGAAAGCCUUUGAAAAGUACUUCGUAAGCUUCAUAAAGCGAAUGCGCUCAUGA